AUGGCGAGACUCUCAGAUGGAGGUCUAGCAUACCACGAACGCAGCAAGUGCCCCAUGCAAAUCGAGGUCAAGCGCGAGAAUGUCAACGACAGGCCAAAACAACAUUACCCAUACCACUGUCCGCGGACUCACUGCUCUGAAGAGCAGGAACAAUCACUGCAAGAAAUCACCCUCGACCUACAAGCAGUUCGCAAGGAGAACAACACCCUAGCGAGGAAGAUCCACGAGACGUGGCCUGAAGUUGACGACAGCGCUUUCACAGAUGAGACCAUCGUUGUGCGCCCCCUGAACUCUCAAGAACAACACAGUGAGAUAUUGUCAUGCUGCAAGAGCUGCGAAGUAGAGACAAUGCGUCUGCUUAUCAAGACCCUCACGAUCAGCAUCGCGCUCGCAGAGGAGAAAGUUGCGUCUCUGAAGGAAUACAUCAAGCUCCGCGAACAAGGCGAGAAAAUCGACGACACAUACUCCAGCUCAGAUUUCGACGACGAAGAGGAGAACGAGGAGGACCGAGCUCGACUGGUAGAUCUCGCUCUCAGGGGUACCUACAUCAGUGACGGACAACCCAGUGACUCGGCUUUCGAAGACCAGACGGACACUGGCUUCGCCCGUACACAGACUUACCGUGGCCAUGGUGCGGGUGCGAUGAAGCCAGCGGGACGUCGUCUCAACUCGAACCAGCCAACCGCGGGUGGUAAUGGGGUCAAGACUGGAAAGAAAGCUAAGAGGCCGGCGCUUGGUCGUUGA